CACGCUACGUCCAUCUUGAGCUCUAACAUGCCUGAUCCAGAGUAUCUGCAAGCAUUCAAGGGUUAAGUGCAUCAUGCAUCGAUAUGCGACAUAUACGCAGACGACUAUGAUCACCCCCGCGGGGACCGGCUCAUCGCGUGCGACCGAUACUCGCCCGAGUCCACCUCGGUGCGGAAUGACGUCUCCUACACCAUUCACUCGACCCUACCGUAACAAUAUCCAGAACUUCGUCUAUACGGGUUCACCGGAAUAACCCAAACAUCGCACAGAUACUAGUAUACAGUUCAGAAAAGAGCAGGGAAGCAUGGCAGACAUAAGCGGACCCCGUAAACGCGGUACCGACCGCAGCGACACCAUGUCACCACGAACGCUCAGCGCCGACGAAACCUCUCCCAUAGUCACAAGCUCGCAAUCCCACAACAACCAGGACUACAAAUCCAUAUCGCCUGAUAUGCGUGCGCGCGACCACUCCUCCACCACGAAAGCCGCAAACCCAUCUCAAGAUCCGAAUGGCGCGUCUUCCAUACCUCAAGAAUACGCGGUUACAGAACAUGGUGCACGACAAGAAGGCACGGCAGGUAACUUGCAACCGGCAACCGACCAGAGACAGUCAAAGGGUCAUACUACUACGGAGCGCGCAAGAAGCGCAGAGAGAGAAGCGGCAGCGGUAGAACGACGGGAAAAGGGUUGGUGGAGCGGGUUCUGGGAAAAGUACGGCAGCGUGGAACUGGACAACAAGGGUAGUGUUGCGAGAGACCAUUUAGCCUUGGAACGCACUUUCUUAGCCUGGCUCCGAACCUCCCUUUCUUUCGCCAGCAUCGGCAUAGCAAUAACGCAACUCUUCCGCCUAAACACAUCCCUAUCAAACUCCCCAGACGCAUCCCACACGUCCUCUCCACAAGCCAAACUGCGGCACUUGGGAAAGCCGCUCGGCGCAACCUUUAUUGGUAUUUCCAUCUUGAUGCUUUUGAUAGGUUUCCAUCGGUACUUUGAAGCCCAGCAUUAUGUUAUACGGGGCAAAUUUCCUGCAUCAAGGGGGAGCAUUAUUAUAGUUAGUGCGAUAGCGGGCGCGCUGAUAGCCAGUUCGCUCAUCAUCAUAGUGGUUACGGCGCCGGGGGCGUUUGAGAGUUGAGGAAUCGAGAUGAUAACGAAGAGAAAGACUUAGUUUAUCUUGUUGCUAAGCUUGGGUAUCUUUGAUUCAUUUCCAUCGUACGUGAUUCUUCUAUCUUUUCAGAGAGGUCAAUGGCUGUGUUGUUGCUUCUGCCAUAUGCUUGCUAUCGUCCAGAAGCCUGGUUUCCCCCAAUUGAUCAUCUACGAACGACGUUCUAGACGCCUUGGAGAAAUCCUGCUCUUACUCAGAUAGUCCAAUGUUUCUAUCCAGUGAUCGCCUUCGUCAUCUCCUCUGUGGUCUUACCCGCUCGUGAUGACUUGAUGAUCUUUUGAAUCAUAUCCUCCACAGCGUCCCAGUCCGAUGUGUCGAUAGGGUGUAGAUCGGUCUUGAAAUAGUUUGCGAUGAAGUUCAGCUGCGACCAGCUGUCCUUAUCGUGGACAAAGGUGAGGGCGACACCGACACGUCCGAAACGACCGGUACGACCAAUACGGUGGAGGU